CCAGGCGCUGCCGGCCGAGCCGAGCGGAGCCGUGCGGGCCCUCCGGCUGCCGAGCCGCCUCUCCCAUGCGCCUGCCCGGCAUGUCCCAGCCCUUCCUGCUGGCGCCCAUCGCCGAGUGCCCCCCGGGGCCGCCCGGCGCCCAGGUCCGCCUGGCCGUGCUGGGUGCCCGCGGCGUCGGCAAGAGCGCCAUGAUCGUGCGGUUCCUGACCAAGCGCUUCAUCGGCGACUACGAGCCCAACACAGGCAACCUCUACUCCCGCCUGGUCCAUCUGGACGGGGACCACGUUGCCGUACAGAUCCAAGACACGCCGGGGUGCAUUCAGGUGCAGGAAGACUGUGUGCAGGUGCUGGACUCCCUAUCCAGGUGUGUGAAGUGGGCAGAGGGCUUCCUGCUGGUCUACUCCAUCACAGACUACAGCAGCUACCAGUCAGUCCAGCCUCUCUACCAGCACAUACGCAAGGUGCACCCCGAUGCCAGGACUCCCAUUAUUAUUGUGGGGAACAAAGCAGAUCUCCUCCAUGCCAGGCAAGUACAGACAAAAGAGGGACUACAGCUGGCAGAUGAACUGGGCAGCCUGUUCUUGGAAAUCUCCACCAGUGAGGACUCCCAAGGUGUCUGUGAUGUCUUCCAGUAUCUUUGCAAGGAGGUCAGCAAACUACAGCUUGCCGGCAGCACGGACAGGAGGCGGUCAUCCAUCAUCCCUCGGCCCAAAUCUCCCAACAUGCAAGAUCUAAAGAGACGUUUCAAACAGGCUUUAUCUUCCAAAGUCAAGUAAACUACCCAAUGACAUCCUCUGGGACUCAAUAGAAUUUAUUUUUGUAAACUAGUUAAUAAAAAUCUUUAUUUUUGUACUAAUGCCAGGAGUGUAGAAGUAAGUAUGUCAAAGCUUGCAAUUUCCUUGCUGUUCUCUCAUUUGACUGGUUGAGUUAUUAAAAAAAAAGAAAGGAAAAUAAAAAAGCUGCAUAGCAGCUAAAUAGAGGUAGUUGGAAAGGGGACUUCUGCCAUGAGGCUUUGAUUCCAUUUCUUUUUGGGGGGACUGGGAUUUUCUGUAUUAAGCUACUCAUUAUUUUCUUUGGAGGCUUCAAUUUCCUGUUUGUAAAAUGGGAGUGUUAAUGAUGUAAAUCAUUACCUGCCUUUAUACAAUGCUUGGAAAGCCCUUGGUGGAAAACUUUGUAGGAGAUAAAAAAAAGCUCUAUUAAACAUGAAAAUAUAAAAGUA